ACUAUCCCUCAGUUGAUGAGAAACCUUCACUGGUUUUGGUGGCUCUACCAUUGCUUCUUCCCUGCCAUUUGUUCCUUCCAAUUUUCUCACCACCUCCAGAUAGGAGACAGCUGGACACUCUUUACCCAUUCUACCUCUUUCUCCUUCACAGGGCACUCCAAGAAUUCAGGGACAUGUUCACCUCCACAGGUAUACAUUGGGAAGUUGCCCCAAGACUUCCUGCGUAUUACUCCCACCCAGCAGCAGCAACAAGUUCAGUUGGAUGCCCAAGCAGCACAGCAGUUGCAGUAUGGGGGAUCCCUGGGCACUGUAGGACGGCUUAGCAUCACUGUAGUGCAGGCCAAGCUUGCUAAAAACUAUGGUAUGACACGCAUGGACCCUUACUGCAGGGUCCGACUAGGGUAUGCUGUUUAUGAAACACCCACAGCCCAUAAUGGUGCCAAGAAUCCACGAUGGAACAAAGUUAUCCAGUGCACUGUCCCACCUGGAGUAGACUCCUUCUACCUGGAGAUCUUUGAUGAAAGGGCAUUCUCCAUGGAUGACAGAAUUGCAUGGACACACGUCACCAUCCCGGAAGGCCUGAGAGAGGGCAGUGUGGUUGAUGAGUGGUACAGCCUCAGUGGCAGACAAGGCGAUGACAAGGAGGGCAUGAUCAACCUGGUCAUGUCUUAUGCUAACAUGACAGCAGGUAUGCAUAUGUCUCCACCCGUUGUCCUCAUGCCCACAGUCUAUCAGCAGGGGGUAGGAUACAUACCCAUUGCAGGAGUGCCCACUGUAUACAACCAGGGAAUGGUGCCCAUGGGUAUGCCUGCAGCACCCACAGUCGCCCCACAAGAAGCUCCCUGUAAUGAGGAGGAUCUUAAGGCACUGCAGGACAUGUUCCCCAAUCUGGACAGGGAAGUGAUCCGCACUGUAAUUGAGGCCCAGCAAGGUAACAAGGAUGCCGCCAUCAACUCUCUGCUGCAGAUGACAGAAGAGCUGUAACAGUGGAGCCACAAAUAGAGCCACUGUGGCGGCCAGAACAUUGCCCAUUCACAGCAACUGCACCCUGCACAGUUUGUAAAUAUGCACUCAGGCCUGCGAGCUCUCAACUGUCACUCACACUAAAUACAAUCCAGCAGUUUUCAACCAUAAGCAGAUGUCCAUAUCUGAGGUGUCACACAUUUAUACAUCUGUAUACAUUACCAUCUGUAUUAUGAAUCAAUGUAUAGCUUUGUUCCCAGUCCACAUCUGGGAUUGGGACGAAUUGGUUUGCCUACUGAUAAGUGCUGUGAUGGCUGGUUGGCUUCUCAAUUUUACAUUCCACUUUACUCAAGAAUUAUGUACAAUUAAUGUUGAUGCAGUGCGAUGUAGGGGUAAUGAAAGGAAUUGAUCCUCCAGAAGCUUUAGAUCUUUGAGAUAGCAGUUGUUGUGAGACAUUGUUGAGAGCUCCAUAGCCAGUCUUCUCUGUAUAUGUGUAUUGACCAGUACUUGAGCCUAUCUGUGUUUGAUUAUUUUUAUAUAUAAAUAUAUAUAUAUAUAAAUAUAUAUAUAUAAAUAUAUAUAUAUAAAUAAUCUCAAUCUGUAUAAAUAUAGUUAUAUAUAUAUAUUCAAAAGAUGAUAAAUUAUGAAGACAAGAGAUUUAGGUAUGCAGCGGUUCAGAGCAGAAAGAGGACUUAUCACAAUAUAACAAACCGUGAUAACUUAGAAGAUGUGCAAAUCCUUGCAUAGCCACACAGCCAAUGCCUAUCAAUGUCUCAAAUGUUCAGGUUAAUUUGCCACCAUUCCACUCUACUCUGGAUAAUGCCAUAUGAUUUUGUACUUCUCCAACCAAAAAUGCCUCUGAAUGUUUCUAUAUAACUGGUCAGUGGUUGUUAACUAUGAUGGAAGAAUAUAUCAUGGUAAUCCAAUAUCAAAUAAUGACAUGGUAAUAUAAAAUGAUUGAAAUCAGUGAAGAAAUAAACAUAUUACUGAUAUCAUCCUUUCCCUUCAUCCUAUAUGAAUUCACCGGCUUUAUUGCAAAUUGUUAGAGGCUGUGAAAAUCCCUGCUGGAUUAAUAACUAAAAUGGUGUGCACAACCAAAUGACAUGAUAUUCAGAAAAUUGGUAUAUGUUGGUAUGAUUAUCAUACAGAUAAAAUGUAAUGUCCUACCACUAACUUAUAUAGGCCCACACAUAAAGAGGAGACUUGUAAAGAUCCAUUGACAUGAGGUAUUGAAUGUUGCCGCCCCCCCCCCCCCCCCAAAGGUCUGAUUUUAACAUGGGGUUUGUAUUCGCUUAAUCUUCAAAGAUGUGCAUAUAUUUUUCCAAGGAAAGAUCCUCUGUUUUGGUGUGAUUCAUUAAAGAAAAUAUAUAGUUAAUUUAUUUUAUGCUUAGGCCAAACUCCAUGGGUGUCAUACAGUAUGUAAAAAUUCUUCUUGUUUAAAUUUAAAAGACUUCAUUGAUUUUCAGUGAUCCCAAUUCUGGGCACUUAUGUUUGAUUGAUUGCUCUAUCCCCUCUUGAUUUAACAAGUUUCUGUUUACCUUCCACUUUCAUGAAGACACAGCAAAUACUUUCAUUUUAAAUGCUAGGUUUUCUUCUAUGUUUUCCCCCGUACUUGUCCCAUUCCCAUAGACAUAUUUUGAACAUUAUUGUCAUGUUUAGCCAGGCGUCUAUAUAACUCCUAACACUUCCAACGUUUAGCCAUGCUACUUAUUAGAUCAAUGUGCACAAGGAUGUUCGAAGGCACUCUAGCGGAUGUUGGGAAGGUUGUUCUGAUUCUGUUGCAAUGGAAUGGCAAGGCUACGUGCUACAGCAGUUUAAUGGGUUUUCUGGUUUGAAUGUACAAAACUUUUUUGGCAUCAAAUUAGGUUUGCAAUUUGACAUUUGCUCUUGUUUCUUUUACUCAUGACACAUUAUGGAAAUAAAUGUUUUAUCUGCAUUUGUUUGGUCUUGUAGUGUAGAUCUCAACCUGGUUUGUUUGCCAUGCCAUUUUUGGACUUGAUUGAAAUAUACCCAUUGACAUGAAGAAUAUAACUUAAAAAUGACUCAUGAGCUUAGUUUGACUGUUGUAACCCAUCAUAACCCAAAAUAUAAACUUGUUUUACUUCUUUGUAAACGAUGUAAUUGUAAACAAAUACAUGAUUAAGGCCAACAUUCAA